GUUUUAUUUUUACGAGCUAAAUGCGAUGAAUUAAACUAACACUCUAAUCAUUCUCUUGAAAAGCGCGAAGCGAACAACAUGUUUACGAACUUCGGAAAAAAAGACGGUGUUUUCAUUCGUAUUAUGACGAUGGAUGACUACGAAAAGAUCGGAGAAAACAUUUACAAUGAAGAACCACUCAAAUUGGCAUUCGAUAACGCUUUGAAGACUGAGGUACAUCAAUCUCAAAAGGAUGAAUCGAAAGAGUAUCAUCAUUCGAUGAUAAGACAAGGCACCUGCUUGGUGGCAAUCAAUGAAGAGAACGGUGGAGAUAUAGUUGGAAGUGUUCUAGCGGGCUGUGAAACUAUCAGCGAUCUGCAAGAAUAUUAUGCGCAGGUUGCUGCAAUGGAAGAAGGUUACUAUAAAACAUGUACAAUAUUCGAGUUUGAAACUAAAAUCAGAGGGAACUACUUCGAUCGUUAUGGUGUCUCGAAGGUGCUUUAUUCACAUAUGACAAAUGUCGAUGUCUCCCAUCGAGGAAAGGGACUCGGAACACGUUUAGCUGCUGCAUUAAUGGAAUUGGGUCGAUCCAAAGGUUUUCCUGUCAUGAUAGCAUGCUGUACAAGCUUAUAUACAGCCCGACAGAAGGAGGCAUUGGGAAUGGAGUGCAUUUACAGUCAAGCCUAUGCUGACUAUAAAGACGCCAAUGGUCAAGUCGUGUUUAAACCACCAGCUCCUCAUACGCACGUUCGUGUAAUGGCCAUUAAAUUGUGAAAAUUUUAUGUUUAUUCGAUUCGAUUUAAGUUGUAGAUUUUAAUACAUAAUUUAAUUUAAUUUUAAAUACAAAUUUUAAAUUGUCAAUUAGCUAAAGUUACUUAAGAUU